UGAAAAGAUGAAUAAAGAAGAAAAGGAAACAAUUCGAACCAACAGACGAUACAUAAAGGAUAACGUGUUCAACAUCAACGAUGUGGCAGACAAGCUGUAUGAAUAUGAAAUCUUGUCCUUGGAGAACAAAGAAACUAUCGCGUCACAGCCUGUUGACAGAAGAGCCUUUGAGUUGCUGGAUAUUGUGGUAAAGAGAGGACAGAAAGCUUUCCCAGGUCUAAUUGAGGCCCUCAGGGACACAGAAAACCAGGAAGUGGCAGAUCGAUUGGAGGGAAAAUCAGGAGCAACAAACAACACAAACUAUACAAACUUUUCUGUGAGCAUGGUAAAUAAGAGUGGAAAUUCUGUGACAAGAUCUGAAGAAUCAACAAAGUCAACAGAUUCAGCAAUCCGAUAUGAAGGACCCCCCGGAUCCCAAAGUCAUCCCCCUGCAGCAGGCUUAAACAAGCCAGACGUUGAGUGGAUGAAUCAAGUAGAACUUACAAAACUGAAUGAAAACCAGACUCCAACUGAUCCCAAAUUUGUGUUGGAAAUGAAAAAAUGUCACGGUGAAAAUCUAUACAAUUUGAACAUGGCUAAGCGUGGGAUAUGCAUGAUCAUUGAUAAUAUUCCUAGCGACUUUUGUAUUGCUGGUGAGUGUCAUCAUGGUGUAGUGGAUGCUGGUAAAACACUUAUACGACAGACCCUGAAACUCUGUGGUUUUAAAGAUGUUAACUUCUCCAGGAACACUGGAACCACAAAGAUGAUUAAAGAGAAGAUACUGAAAGAAAUGAAAAAGUUGAGUCACUCUGAAUAUUCAUCAUUUUUUGUCAUCUGUGUGACAACAGGUCCUAAUCCGGGUUUCAUUUAUGGUAAAGAUGGAGAGAGUGAUCGCAUGACCAUUAAAGAACUACAGGAUGUGAUGUCACAAUGUGAAGAGUUCCAAAACAAGCCAAAAGUAUUACUGGUUCAUACUGUUCCAAAGUCUAGCUUACAGUGUAGUCACAGUACUAGUUUGGCUGAAAAUCAGGGUCAGAAGUUAACGGAAUCUAUGCAGCAUCUGUCAUUGGAGGGGGAGGUCUCAAGUUCAGUCAAUGAUAGAAAUAUGUUUGCUGUUUCAGCAGAACUGCAACCAGGUAUCAGCUUUUUGGUUAGAAUAAAGGGGAAAACUGGAGCUUAUUUUAGCAAUGCCUUGGUCUAUGUCUUGCUGAAGUAUGCUGGAAACAAGUCCUUCCUUGAACUGAUCUCUGAGAUGGACAAGCUUCUGGGAUCAUGUGAAGAUGAAGGAUUAGACAAUGUGGAUGCCAAUCCAUAUAAUGAAAAAGUUCAUCGGAGUAUUCGAGUGGCCAAGCUUAAAGUCCUGACAAAGCCAGAGAAAGAACUCUUUUUCUUUCCUCUGUAUGAGGACACAGGAAUGCAGGUUUCCAGUUAGUCAUGCAGAACACUUUUUAACUCACAACUGAAACACUCCAUGGAAUUGAUAGAACCAUGACUUCAAAGGCUGGGAGACACAACUACCAAGUUACCAUUCAGACUAUGAUUGUAUUACACUGUUGUUUUAUUUUUGGGAUUGCUGCAGUCCAUCAUUAUAGUAGAUUCCUCCCAGUGUAUCAUACAAAAGUAAUCAUUUGUAUGCAUAUGAAGUGAUGGGCUUCUUUACUAUGCACGGAUAACUUUGUGUAAGGAGUGUUCUGUAAUGACUAAAAUAUGUCCUUAAAAUCAAGCUUUGAUAGAGAAUUCUAUAAUUAUGUUUUAGGCCAGGGGGAUUUUUCUGCAGACUAUAAAGCAUUGCCAAUUUUCAUCAGUCAUGAUGUCUUAUGUUCAAAAUGAUGUAAAGAAAUUGACAUCAAUUCAAAUUUUUCAGUGAUUUUGAGAGAAAAUGAGUGCAGGUCAGCUUCAAGUGGAUCUUUGAUAUACAAUUUGUAAUGUGUAGAAUGAUAAUGUCAAUGAAAUGUAUGAAUAUUGUACAAAGCAGGUUUGCGCUCUGUGAAUUCUACGGUAAAUAUUGAACAAAUUUUGUCCAUUUUUCCCUCUUUCCUAAAUAUGAUGGAAAAUCCAAAUAGUUUGUGAUGUCACAAAAACAAAAAUCUAAUAUAAAUCUACUUCCAAACUACAUUAUUUUGUUAAUUCACAUUUUUUUUUUACAGAAUAUGUUCAAUUGUGUAUAUUUCUUUAUAGAAUUUUUUUUUGUUUUGAGUAAAACUACGGUACUAUAUACAUGUACCUGGAAAUUUUUGCCCCUGUUUUGUUUUAGCCCCUUUUGCCUUCAUUGUUAGUGGGUAAAUUUCAAAUGGGGCAAAUUCAGAGACAGAGUUAUCUCUCCUUUGAGACAACUAUGUUAGGGGGAAUUUAAAACGGGACAAAAUUGUUUGUGUGUGUCAGGGCAUAUUUAGCAUUGAGUGAAAAUAACCCUGAAUACAGUAACUAUACUUGUAUUUUACCUUUAGUUUAUUGGUGAAAAUUCAAUUAGAUUUAAUAUGAGCUAGAUUAUUGACUGUUCUAUACUGCCUUUGCCAUUUAUGCCACAAAUUCAACAUCUGAAUGUUACACUUCUUGAAUUUUUUCCUUUGAAAGGAAUACUUGUUCCUCUUGAAGUAUAACAAGCUACAAAUUAUUAACAUAUUUCAGUUGAUCAGUCAUCACAUUGAUAUUUUGAAUACCAUGGAUGUAUCAAAUUGAGUUGUAAGUCCCAACCACUUUUUCUUACGUAUUGUGGUGGUCAGACGGGUGCAUUUUUCUCCUCUCCCAUUACAGUAUUUUAACCUCAGUAUCAGAUAUAACAAAGUUUUUUUCUUGGCCCCAUUGAGUUCAAGAUUAUGGAUCGAGUUUGACUGUAAUUAUUUAUUCACUCAUUAUUCAUGUGGUAGCUGGUCACACAAAAUAAACAGCAGUCAGUGUCUAGAUUGCUUGUGAUUCAUGGUGUCAAUAAUGUUGAUGCAAUAGUGUACAGGUCCCAGACAUACAUGUACUGUUUAUGUAUAAUUACAGUGAAAACUUCUAAUCUGGUACCUGUGCAAUCCAUUUCACUGUGAAUUCUAAAACUUAUGUAAAUUCCUAUUUCACUGUUUUCUUUGUUCUUAACACUGUGUAAUCUGACACCCUGUCUAUUCCGACACAGAUUUGUCUCCCAAUGCAUGUUGGAUUAGACAGGUUUCACUGUACAUGGUUAUUGCUUCAUGACUCUCAGUGAAGUUUUACAUUAGCCUCUAUAAUCUGUUAAGGUGUGUCCCUCUUCAGACUUUUGAUUCACAUAUUAGACAGUUUCAAAUAUGCAAACAAAUUGAUUGCCAUAAAUAUUCUAUUUUCAGUUACUCUGCAAAAUCUAAUUGAAAUUACAUUGAAAGUGAUAUUUUUUUACUUGAAAGCUUGAAAACAAUCACUAGAAUAUUUGUCCAAUCAAAUUUCAAAACAAAGGUAAAUGCUGAAUAUCUUAUAUCAGAUCUUAUAAACUAAUUAAUAUUUCCUAGGUAAAAUUUGCAUCUUAAGUUAAUUCUGAGAGAGUUGUGCAGUGUCUGUCAAUUUAAUGUUAAAUUAUUGGUAAAUGUUACAGUCACCAUUUCUAUUUUUGGCAUGAUAAAUGUAAAUUGAAGUUCAGACUUUGUCAAAUGCCAGGAGAAGCAACUGAUUGUGUUCACUAUCACUUUUACAAAUGUAAUUUCUUUGUGAUUUUAAUAAAGUAGCUCAUGAUGGAGGCGCACAGAGAUAUGACUAUCCGUAUGACUUGUGAUACUCUCUGUUUAUUUACAUGUUAUAUUCUUUAAUAAAAAUAAAAUUUAA